UCCCCCUUCAUUCCUGCUUUUUCCCCUUUUCAAUAUCACCGUGAGCCUGUGACACAAGGGAGAAGCACACCCAUUGUUUGCUUCUUCCCUUUGAUCCAUCCUUCAUUUUUUAAUCGAGUUUAAGUUUGUCGCAUUGUCUAAGGACUAUUAGCCUCUAAGCUAUGGUUCUUGACAGUAUUGUAUCUUCUCCCCAUCGGAGGAUGGGAUCGAUGAGGAAGCAGUUCCCGAAAGAUGAGUUGGGUAGCUGGUCAACACUUGUUCAGAGGCACAGGUUCCUCUUAACAGCUUUGGGGCUCUUAACAUUCCUAUGUACCAUCUACCUUUACUUCGCUGUUACUUUAGGGGCAACAGACACAUGUUCCAACUUGACGGGAACACAGAAAGCAACGUGUAAGCUGCAGCAUGCGAGAUCGACUCUAUCCCAUGGAAAACUGAAAUUCUUUUAGCAUGUUUAUGAGAAAAUCAUUAGUUGCUUUCAUUAAAUAAUAGUAUUUGUUUUAGGCAAUUCGAGGGUAUUUAUUGAAUUUGAGAAAAUAAACACAAUUCAUUUAUAGGUGAUUAGUUUGUGUGGGAGUGCUUUGUUGGUGUUUGUAUACAGGGAUUGAUCUGUGCAGGGGAUUGUUCUGCAAAACCUAUUUUAAUGAAUUAAUCUAAUGAAGAAGCUGAUUUAUUA